UCCUACAAUUUAUCCUACAUUUUGUGCUACAUCAUGUCCUACAUUUUGUCCUGGUUUUGUGGAAGGGAAUUAUGGCAACCUUAUUCGUGAUGGCCCUAUCCUAGGCAGGUUUUAGUUCAGCUGUAAAUCCAACUGGCAACCCCAUGGGUUAACAAAGUGCAUGUCUCAUGGCAACAUGAAUGGGAAUGAUGUGUUUCAGUGCAAUCAACUAUUAUGCAGGAUGUUUUGCUUGUCCCUUGAGAAUAUGAACACCUCUGAAAGAAGCAACAAAGAAGUGGUUGGGGAUUCUCCAUCAACUGGCAGCCACUCAGUGGCACUCAUACUGCAGCCAAACUCUCUAUUGAGACAUCUCUUCUAUGAGCCCCCUCCCCCCAUGCUCUCUUGAAUGAGAGCCAGUGCCUUUACCGGAUACCCCGUUUUCAGGCUCCUGCUUCUAUUAACCAAGCUAUCUUUGUGGCAUCCAGUCAUUUAGUAAAUUCCUUAAAGGUCCAGCGACUGGAGUAUGCCCUUAUUGGCCCAAUUCACUUUUCCACAUAGAAUCCCAUCUGUCAGACCAGCCCCUGUUCUCCCUUCCACCCCUCUCACUGUUAACACUCCUACAGAGGCAGCCUAAACCAGCCAGGUCAGUUUUUACCCUCUCUGUGGUGAAAGUCAUGCAGCCCUCCAAAUGUUGUUGCACUGUAACUCCCAGCAGCCUUAGCCAGCAAAGUCACUGGUGAGGAAUGUUAGAAAUUGCUGUCCAAUAUGUGAAUUCAUGCUGUUGGCCACGAAAGCUUUGCAGUUAGGCUUAAUGCUACUCCUUAUGACUUUCAGUAAUGAUGAAGGGAACUGAAAAGUAGCCAUAGCAGAUCAUCCUGGGUGACAGGUAGACUCACAAGCAGAUAGUCAGGUAUGAACUAUGGUUUUAGAACCUGUGCCUUUUGCAGCAUCAGUGGAGAAGAGGAACGAGGUAACUACAGUGUGUUGGAGAGGAAUGAGGUAACCACAGUGGUGAUGGCAAAUGGAAAGUAAGGACUGUGACAAGGUGUUUGUCCAGAUCACAGGUAAAAGCCUUGUGCCUUGAGUGGUCCCCUAUUCUGAUGGAAGCAUAUCCAUUAUUGUGAGCAAACUAUUAGGAAGGUUUGAACAUGUUCUUCUUCUGUUUCACUCCACUAGCAAGACUUGUGCCAUGUUGAUGGCGGAGAGUUUUCCUGGAGCGAUCAUCAGAUUCAAAUGUGAAAGCUAGAUCUGGCCCUCUCAAUAUGAAAAGGAAGCAACAGUCUGCACGUGGAAAGAGGAAAAUGAAAUAGCUCUGACAGCUAAGGAGUGAGGCACACUAUGUGGGUGCUUGCUUUUUGUUAAGAAUGCCCCAAAAUUUCCAGAUUUCUUCAUAAACAAAAAAGAGAAGGGUAUAACAGAGCCUAAAUUCCCAAACCCGGGCUUCUCCCUGUACCAGGAAGGUUGCCACAAUGAGAAAUCUGAUUUCUUCUGAGAACCUGUCUAAGGGGCUGAAGGAAGCUUUUCUGUUUGUGUGACCCUUCAUGGGUGCUUCCAGAUGGGAGUUUUCAUCCUGCUGUUUUGCUGCCUCAAACAGAAUAUUUGGGGUGAAGUUCAACAAAUAUUUCUGAACAUAUGUGUUUUCCAUUGAUAACUCUCCCAUGUAUUUCUACCAUUUCUUUCUCAUUUUUAAAAAAACCUUACCAGUAGCAUGCUCUGGAUAUCACUGUAUUCUGUAUUCUGCUAGCAAUGAGGUGAUAAUCCUUGCACACUUUGUGAAUUCCCCAGAAUAAUUAGUAACCACAGCAACUCACCCUCUUAAAAAAAAACAACCUUAGAAAAGCCUUAAAUUUCUGAUUCCAACCCAUGACAACUAAUCUGUACCAUUGCAUGCUCUGUAGCUGCAAGAACUUUGCAAGCUGUUGAUAUUUUUGUCCCAAACUAAAAUGGAGCAAGUAAAAAGAAGCCCUUGGGCACUGACUGUAUCCAUUCUGCUUGGUAAUUAUUAAUCGUUCCACUAUGUGAUGGAGGAUAAUGGCAGCACAAGAAGGGUGGCCAAAGCCCUUCAGAAGCAGAACUAACUAGUUCAGGGUGUGAAAAGGGUGUGUUAUAUGGUAUUGAUUAUUAUUCCAUAACAUUGGGAUGAAGGGCCUUUGGAAAGGACAUGGAUCUUUUAGUAUGAGGCUCACCUCCAAUGCAUAGCCCAAGUGCUAUUCUGAACUCAAGAAUUCUUAAAGAUCAGAGGUUUGCUAGAAUGAGACAAAUGGCUUUUUGGAAUGUACUGGAAUACCUUUGCCGGUUCCUGGGGAUGGCUACUGGAACAGUACUCAUUGUUGUGGGCACAGAAACGCUUCUGCAGGGGCAGUUUAGGAGCCUGGCUGUCUACCUGCUUAUUUCAGGAAUAGCUGUUCUGGUGUGUGAAGCAGCAUACUUUGUCAGUCUGCUCUUGGCCAUCAGUUCCAUCCCCAAAAUAGGAUCGAUGAAGUACAUUUGCUGGAAGCAAGCCAGACGUCGUGGAGCCUACCAGAAGUUCCUGGCAUACGUGCUGCUUUCAUUAGCCUGCUUCUUGCAUCCUGUGAUUGUCUGGCAUGUUACUAUUCCAGGUACAAUGCUGGUAGUCACUGGUUUGGUCUAUUAUUUGCUCAGUAAGCAAAAGAAAAAACCCACAGAAAAUGGACAAGAGCAAUGUAGUGAUCCUUAUGAUGGAGUUGUGGUGACAGCAGAUACAGAUGACAUUGGGCGAACAUACACAUUCUGCAGGGAGGUACGCAAAGGGAAACACAGCUUCGCAGUUCAGGAUUUGAAGAACAUCUUCAAAGGCUACAAGAAGGAAGAGAUUGUCACAACAGACUCUUCAACUAUAUUGUUUACAAAGAGGCAAACACCAUUAGAGGAGAAGGUUGUGAAUAUCAUCCUGUCUGUUGGAGAAAAUUCAGAAGAGCCAGAAAAACUGGCUGAUGAAAUUACAUCUGACACAGCCCUCAUCCUUAAUUCCCAGCUGUGAUACCCCAGCAAAAGCAGUUAAUAGCUAAAAUAAACUCUUUCUGGUACCUGCAGUUAUUAUGAAAAUUAUGUGCUUGCCUGUGAUUCCAGUGUCUGCCUCACAGACAUCCUGAUUCUACUCACAGGAGAUUAUCACACGGGGUAAAGGAUGGAUCCCUCACAUUCUUAUUGCAUGAUUGAGUGAAGUUUAUCAGAUGACAUCUGUCCUUAUCCUGUCCUUCAGUCGUCCUUAUCAUGUGAUUGUGAUAAAAUUAUCUGAUGUUGUCACUCUUAUCCUGUACUUCUCUCACUGAUGUGGCAUGGCCAUGUCACUGUGUAUUAACAGAAACUCCUGUUAAUACAAUGGCAGGGCCAUUGACAGGAGGAGGACAGAAUAAGUGCGAACGCGGUGAGGAUGGGAAUGAUCCCUUUUUACCUCAUGUGAUAAUCUCCACAGAAAAAAAACUUACCACUUUGGACUAGUGAUAGGGCCAAAGAUUCCCAUUAUUGUUGGUGAACAGGGAUAAAUUUCCAAGAGAACCAUGUCCUGCUUCCUGGAGUUCAUGACACUUUUCUUAUUGAUGAAGCAAUUUGUCUGCUUUUUCUUCCUUGUUUAGUUAUUCUUUUACUGUUAUUGCAAUGGACAGUGCUGACAGCAGUUGUGAAAGACCACUGUGCCCAGUUGCCCAGUCUCAGGAACAACAUUGACACUAUAUUGCAGAGCAGAUGUCUGCUUGAAAAUAGGUGUUAUAAGGACUGCAGAGGGAUGAAAUCUGUACUCCGCACAGAUUGCAGGAAACAUAUUCAGGGGUUGGUAUGUUGUCAUGCAGCAAAAUAAAACAGAAUCCAAAAUCCACAAAAGAGUGAUACCUUUAUUAGCCAACCAA